UCACUACUCAUUUUCAUUCCCCUCAAAGAGUUAAAUCCGUCGUCUGAAUCUCCGCAACCCGCUGUAGAGCGAGGAAAAGCUAUUUCUAGUUUUGACCCUCACAAGUGCAAGUUUGACCUUGAGCAGCGUUGCCAGACCACGGCGCCCAACCGAACUGAUAUCAGAAUUAUUUUAUAAAGCGAUUGUGUAGCCUAGUUGUUGCUUUGGAUUCUAGGAAAAAAUGGAACUGACUGGAUGGGUGAAGAACUAUGACUGGGGCCGCAAAGGCAUCAACUCGGCGGUGGCCCAACUUGCCAUGGCCAACGAUCCGGACUUCACACUGAAUGAGGAGGAGCCCUACGCAGAGAUGUGGAUGGGCACUCAUGUGUGCGGCGUAUCCGUGGUGAAGAACACCGGGGAGACACUGGACCGUGUGCUGAACAAGGACCUCUCCUACCUGUUUAAGGUACUGAGCAUCAACCAGGCGCUCAGCAUCCAGGUGCAUCCGAACAAGUGCGAGGCGGAGCGGCUACACAGGGAGCGCCCGGAGAUCUACAAAGAUUCCAACCAUAAGCCGGAGCUGGCCAUUGCCCUGACGCCAUUCUUAGCACUAGUUGGCUUCCAGCCGGCCAGCGAUAUAAGGGACAACAUUGACGAGUUCCAGCCUCUUAGCCAGCUGAUUGGCCCAGAGGCUGUGGAUACACUUCACCAAGCUCCCAACGCUGACAGCGUUAAGUUGUGCUACGCGAAGCUGAUGAAGACCGACGAGGCGGUUAUUAGCCAGUGCAUCAAGACCAUUGCCAAGAACUACCAGAAGGAGUUAAAGUCCAACGAUCUGCUGGACGUGUUCAACAAAGUAAACAAGGACUUUCCCGGCGAUGUAGGCGUGUUGUCACUAUUUUUCCUCAAUCUGGUCCGCCUGAAGCCCGGUCAGGCCAUCUACCUGGGCGCAAACGAGAUCCACGCCUACCUCGACGGAGACUGCGUGGAGUGCAUGGCCUGCUCGGACAAUGUGAUACGUGCCGGUUUAACGCCCAAGUACAAGGAUGUGGACCAGCUGCUCGACUCCGUAAUUUUUGAGAGCAGGCAUCCCGAGCGCAAGGAGUUCAUUCCGUAUCACGUCGACGAACAGGUGCAAGUGUACAUUCCACCCGUGCCGGACUUUGCUGUGAUCCACGUGAACAUCCAUCACUCCCUCAAGUGUUACAAGCUGCAAAUUCAAGCCUUUGGUUCCAUCUUGAUUGUGUUGAAAGGCUCGCGCAUUUUGCGUCUCCUGACAAAGCAGGGCCCCAAGGAGAUUACUCUGACCCGAGGCAGCAUUGUGUACAUUCCUGUGGAGGCGGCGCCGGAAAUUGAGUUUGACCGGGCUAACGAAUGUGACGACGUCGAAGACGAUGACUUCACCGGAUACAUAGCAACCAGCAACUACUUUCGAGUGGCUUAAAAAUUCUCAGUUAAUCAGUUAAUAAUCCUCUUGUAAAGUGCAAUAAAACCACAAAUCCAUAAGGUGAA